UUCACCCCGAGCUCUGCAGGGACACCAUGCCAGGACUGCCCAGGUUCCACCCAGACACCAACGCCCCCCACCAUCGGAGGCCCUGCUGCCCAUGGCCAGUGGCGCCAGCCUCUCUACGGAAGACCACGAUCAUGCUGAGCCUGCUGCUCUCCAGCACCUCCCUGCCCCCCACACACGGGCAGGCCAAGAUUCCUCUGGAAACAGUGAAGCUGUGGGCAGACACCUUCGGGCAGGACCUGUAUAACACCGUGACCAAGUACUCAGGCUCUCUCUUGCUGCAAAAGAAAUACAAGGAUGUGGAACCCAGUCUGAGUAUCUCAGAGGUGGACGGCUUAGAGCUGGUGAGGAAGUUCUCAGAGGAUAUGGAGGCCAUGCUCCGCAGGAAAGUGGAGGCUGUCAAGAAUCUAGUAGAGGCUGCUGAGGAGGCUGACCUGAACCAUGAAUUCAAUGAGUCUCUGGUGUUUGACUAUUACAACUCUGUCCUGAUCAACGAGAGGGACGAGAACGGCGAUUACGUGGAGCUGGGGGCUGAGUUUAUCCUCGAGUCCAAUACGCACUUCAGCAACCUGAUGGUGAACACGUCCAUUAGCAAUGUGCAGCUGCCCACCAAUGUGUACAACAAAGACCCAGACAUUUUAAAUGGAGUCUACAUGUCUGAAGCCUUGAACCCUGUUUUUGUGGAGAACUUCCGGAGAGACCCAACACUGACCUGGCAAUAUUUUGGCAGCUCCACUGGAUUCUUCAGAAUCUAUCCAGGUAUCAAAUGGACACCUGAUGAGAAUGGAGUCAUUACCUUCGACUGCAGAAAUCGUGGCUGGUACAUACAAGCUGCCACUUCUCCCAAGGACAUAGUGAUUGUGGUGGAUACGAGCGGCAGCAUGAAGGGGCUGCGCAUGACUAUUGCCAAGCACACCAUCUCUACCAUCCUGGACACACUGGGGGAGAAUGACUUUGUUAACAUCAUCGCGUACAGUGACUACAUCCAUUACAUCGAGCCUUGUUUUAAAGGGAUCCUCGUCCAGGCAGAUCGAGACAAUCGUGAGCAUUUCAAACAGCUGGUAGAUGAGCUGAUGGUCAAGGGUGUGGGGGUCGUGAACCAAGCCUUGACUGAAGCCUUCCAGAUCCUAAAGAAGUUCCAAGAGGCCCGGCAAGGAAGCCUCUGCAACCAGGCCAUCAUGCUGAUCACUGAUGGAGCUGUGGAGGACUAUGAGCCAGUGUUUGAGAAGUACAACUGGCCGGACCGCAAGGUUCGAGUUUUCACUUAUCUUAUUGGAAGAGAAGUGACUUUCGCUGACCGCUUGAAGUGGAUCGCGUGCAACAACAAAGGCUACUACACGCAGAUCUCCACUCUGGCAGAUGCACAGGAGAAUGUGAUGGAGUACCUGCACGUACUCAGCCGCCCCAUGGUCAUCAACCAUGACCAUGACAUCAUCUGGACAGAAGCCUACAUGGACAGCAAGCUCUCCCCUUCGCAGGCCCAGAACAUGAUGCUCCUCACCACUGUGGCCAUGCCAGUUUUCAGCAAAAAGAAUGAAACACGAUCCCACGGCAUUCUUCUGGGUGUGGUGGGCUCUGAUGUGGCCCUGAGGGAGCUGAUGAAGCUGGCACCCCGUUACAAGCUCGGAGUGCAUGGAUAUGCCUUUUUGAACACCAACAACGGCUAUAUUCUCUCACAUCCUGAUCUCCGACCCCUGUACAGAGAGGGGAAGAAACUGAAACCCAAACCAAACUACAACAGCGUGGAUCUCUCUGAAGUGGAGUGGGAAGACCAAGCAGAAACCCUCAGAACAGCCAUGAUCAAUGGGGAAACAGGUUCUCUCUCUAUGGACGUGAAGGUUCCACUGGACAAAGGGAAGAGAGUUCUUUUCCUGACCAACGAUUACUUCUUCACAGACAUCAGUGACACACCUUUCAGCCUGGGAGUGGUGCUGUCCCGGGGCCACGGAGAAUACAUCCUCCUGGGGAACACAUCUGUGGAAGACGGCCUGCACGACUUGCUUCACCCAGAUCUGGCCCUGGCCAGUGACUGGAUCUAUUGCAUCACAGAUAUUGACCCUGACCACCGGAAGCUCAGCCAGCUGGAGGCCGUGGUCCGCUUCCUGACAGGGGAGGACCCAGAUCUCGAGUGCGACGAGGAGCUUGUGCGGGAGGUACUGCUCGACGCGGUGGUGACCGCCCCCAUGGAGGCCUACUGGACAGCGCUGGCUCUCAACGCCUCUGAUGAGUCCGAGCAAGUGGUGGACAUGGCCUUCCUGGGCACCCGCGCCGGCCUCCUCAGAAGCACCUUGUUUGUGGGCUCCGAGAAGGUCUCAGACAAAAAGUUCCUGACUCCUGAGGAUGAGGCCAGUGUGUUCACUCUGGACGGCUUCCCCCUGUGGUACCGCCAGGCCGCGGAGCAGCCUGUGGGCAGCUUUGUGUUCAAUCUCCGAUCGGCAGAGGGAGCAGAAAGUCCAGGCCAGCCCAUGAUAGUGACAGCCAGCACAGCUGUGGCCGUGACCGUGGACAGGAAGACAGCCAUCGCUGCAGCGGUGGGCGUCCAGAUGAGGCUGGAGUUCCUGCAGCGCACAUUCUGGGCGUCGACCCGGCAGUGCAGCCCAGUGGAUGGACCCUGCCCAGAGAGCUGCAAGGACAGUGAGCUGGACUGCUUCGUCAUCGACAACAACGGGUUCAUCCUGAUCUCAGGGCGGUCUCAGGAGAUGGGAAGAUUCCUGGGGGAGGUGGAUGGCGCUCUCAUGACCCAGCUGCUCAGCAUGGGGGUGUUCAGCCAAGUGACCAUGUAUGACUACCAGGCCAUGUGCAGACCCCUGAGUCACCACCCCAGUGCCGCCCGGCCCCUGGUCAGCCCAAUCUCUGCCCUCCUGACCGCUACCAGGUGGCUGGUGAAUGAGCUCUUGCUGAUCCUUCUGGAGUGGAGUGCAUGGGGCUCCUGGCCAGCAGACAGUGGGGCUGAGGCCAAAGCUGUCUUCCAUCACUCCCACAAGCACAAGAAACAGGACGUGCUGCAGCCGUGUGACACAGAGUACCCUGUGUUUGUGCACCAGACAGCCAUCCGGGAGACCAAUGGGAUCAUUGAGUGUGGAGCCUGCCGGAAGAUAUUUGUGAUGCAACAGAUUCCCAGCAGUAACCUUCUCCUCCUGGUGACAGACCCCACCUGUGACUGUAGCAUCUUCCCACCAGUCCUGCAGGAAGCUACAGAAGUCAAAUAUAAUGCGUCCGUCAAGUGUGACAGGCUACGCUCACAGAAGCUUCGAAGGAGACCAGAUUCCUGCCACGCCUUCCAUCCAGAGGAAAAUGCGCAGGAGUGUGGCGGCACCGCAGACACCUCGGCCUCCCUCCCCAUGCUCCUGCUGCCUCUGUGUGCCUGGGGGCUACCACCCCAGCUGCUGCGGUGACACCCGACCAACCUCACCUCUGUUUUGACAAGAUGAUCCUUCCAGAGACACUCUUAAGAGUGGGCCCCUGCCGUGGGAUCCACCUCACUAUAGCUGGGUUAUCACCCAGGUCACUGUUCAUCUGUCUUGGGCUAAUGGUCCCUGCCUCCUGAGAUUGCCGGAUGGAACCAGAAACCACUUCUUAAAGGCCUUCCAGGGAGCCUAGUACCAUCCUUCCUACCUCCUCUUCAGGAGUCCACCGGGAGCUCAACUUGGACCAAGACAAAAGAAGUUAAUUGCAUCUAUUCUCCAGAAGCCCAGACCCAGCCAAGGGUCAGCUGUUUCUAAUGAACCUGGUUGGUCUUUAGUAGAAUCCAAGAACUUUAAGGUAUGAGAAAGAGGAACAGAACGAGGCCAACAGCAGAAAUGAGAUGAAGAACAUGCCCCCACCUGAAAUAGAGCUUUCUCAAAAUGAGAUGCAUGGUGAGGGGAUAGGUCAAUUUCCUAGCUGCUGCUCAGAAAGGGGGGGGGGGGGG